CAAAUUUUAAGUUUUUAGAUAUCCAGGGUAAAGUUAUGUAUGCACUUACUUUACCGCAGUAAUUUUUCCAUAAAUGAUGAAUCAAUUCCAUUUUUCCGUAAUGUUUAAGCUGGUGCACAAAAUGCGAUUGGACCACUCAAAACUAAGUAAUGAUUAAUAUAAAGCAUCAAAAAGUAGCUUCAAAGCCACCCAUCAGCAAAUGUUCAAUGGAGAGAAGAAUGGACAAGGAGAAAGUGAAACUUGCUCAGAAUAAUAGUGCAUCAAACUUGCCUCAAAAUAUUAGUGAAACUCUGAAAAAACCCGAGUAUUUCGCAGUCGCUGAUACUACUUCCGAAGAAAUAGAAGCAAUGAUUGAAAACAUUGGAAUCGAUAUCCAGAAAAUACAAGCUACUAGUGAUUUUAACCAGAAUGUCAUACAGCCUAACUCUUGUUCGUUUGACCAACUGUGUUCUAUGAUCAAUGAUCUCGAACAAAAUGUAACCGGACAUGGAACUAGCAAUGUAAUUGAUGAAAAAAUCAGCAGUAACAGAUAUUCAAAUAAUCAGUUUCAGCCAGAAAGAGACUAUUCUAUGAAACAAAGUGGAUCAUCUCCUUCAACAUAUGAAGAUAUUAUGACUUUAUUAGAGAUGUUGGAUAAUGAUGGGUAUCUUUCCAGGGCCCCCAAUGAUCAGGCAAAUGUUUACUCAAAGGUUGUUAGGAAUACACCGGCCGAUCAGUGUAUUCAAUGCUGCAAUACCCAAGGAAUACAUCCUGCAUCAAGCUAUUCCUCUAAGACUUUGAAAGAAGAUUUAGCAACAGUGAAGUUGCAGUUAGAGGAGCGGGAUAGUACUGUGGAGUUAUUAAAGAAUGAAUUGAAGACUCAAUGUCGUUCGGCUUGUGAAAAGAUGGAAUCACAGACAAAGAAGCAUGCUGGUGAGCUGCAAGCUCAGAAGACGAAAUACCAGACAGUAAUAAAGAGGCAUCAGAAAUUCAUAGAGCAAAUAAUAUCUGAUAAGAAGAACUUGACUGAGAAAUGUAACGCUCUAACAGAGCACAUUAAACAAAUGGAAGUUAAAUAUCAGCGGGAAAUGAAGGUUGCCGCUGAACGACAUGGUGUGGAAUUACAAAGAGCUAGAGAACUUUGUGCUGCCUCUGAAAAAAUAAGACGUGAACGUUGGUUGGAAGCCAAAACCUCAAAGAUUAAGGAAAUGACCGUUAAGGGACUAGAGCCAGAACUCCGGAGUAUGAUAGAGCAGCAUCAACAAGAGCUUCAAGAAAUUCGCAGCGCUCACAUCAAAGAGCUCCAAGAUACCGAAUUACGCACAAUCCGUCGAUCUAAUCAGCAACUAGAACAAUUACGCUUAGAACUCACUAGCAGUCAUGAAAAGCUAUUGAGCAAUGAGAAAGACAUUCUGAAAACUAGAUAUAAUGAAAAACUUGAACAGCAAGAGAGCUUAUUUCAAGACCAACGGCGCAAGCUUAUAGAUGAUUUAGAAGGUGGGAAAAAGAUUUUAGCUCAAGAACAGCAGAGAUUGAUCGCUGAAAGAGAUGCUGCAAUAAACCUAGCUAAUUCGCAAUGCAGUGAAAAAAUAAACACUCUAAUGCGACAGAACCAGAUUGAAAAAAAAAACCUCCAAGAAACACUUCGGAUAGAACAGGAGACUUGGAUGGAAAAUUAUAGAAGACAGCAGAAUACGAAAUUAGAGAAAAUGGAGUCACGUUUGAGAAAUGAAUGCAGUCGAGAGCGUGACAGACAAAUAGAACUGGCUAUUGAACGACUUGAAAAGGAGACACUUGAAAUGAAAACCAGCCUCCAACAGAGUUCGGAAAAUCGCCUGAGAUGUAUGAAAGAGAAAUAUGAAGCUGAACUACAAGAUGUGAGUAACAGUGAACAGUUAUUAAAAAGUAAAGUAACAUCGAUGCAAGAACGCCUCACAGAAACCACAAUACAGUUGCAAAAAACUGAGGAAAAACUACAACAAUGUAUGCUCCAAAUCAGUAAUUCUGCGCAGUUGGUAGAUCAACUAACUAUUGAGAAGAACAAUGCAAAGAAGAUUGUUCGUCAAGAAAUUGAAUCGGAAAAACGGGAACUGGAGGAUAAGAUUGCAUCACUCUAUAAAGAGCUCACUGAGAAUAAUUCCAAUAGGGAUGUACAAAUGGCUCAACUGUACAGCAGGGUAAAAUUACUCGUGACACAAAAAGAUCUGACAAUAGGAAAACUUGUGAAAGAAGCUGAAGAGUCGCAGAAGAAAUGUGACCAUUUGGAAAAGCUGUUGGACCAACAAAGAAAAGAUUAUGUACUGAAGUCUUUAUAGCUAGAUAUAAAUAAAUAUACUUAAUUUAAUACUAAACUUC